AACCAUUUUUGUCCUUAAGUCAUUUUUCAUAUUCUAACUGUGGUAUUUCUAUAAUUGCCAUAAGAGAUCAACUCUACUUGGAACAUUGGCUCAUUUUAAAGCCACUAUUUUGACCAAGAUGGCGGUUCAACGCCUCCUCCAGGUGCGUACCAAUGACUCACCUGGAGGAGGGCUGGCAGUAAAACCGCCCCCCUUUGGCCUGUCAAGUUAUUUAAAAAACCCCUGCUGCUCCGAUUCCCUCUCCCUUCGCCCACCAUGAAGGUCUCAUGGGGUUUACUGGCACUGUUCCUGGGCGUGUUGGUGUGCCGCAUGGAGUCGCGGUGCUCGCCCACUUCCUACUACAAAAACUGCUGGAUUCGACACUUCCCGGGAAUCCUUAUCGACACAGAGGAGUCGGGUAAGAGAGGAGCGAGUCUCGUUAGGAGCUACCAGGAGGAGAGUGCGCUGAGGUGCAGUCGUAGCUGCUGCCUGACCACAAAUGCGUCUUGCAAUGUGGCCAUCUUUGAUUAUGAUGCAACACGAGACAACUGUUUACACCUUCACUGCCCAACCUUGGAGAGCUGCAUCAUCACACACAGAGACAAGGUGGUCCUCUACAACAUCACUAAGGGUACGGAUCCUGAUUUGCUGGUGUUCGGGAAGCACCUCAACUUUAACGUACGGGUGCUCCCGCAUCACUUCAGUCGAGUCAACGCUUCUGAGGUGCAGCCACCCUCGGACAAGCGGCAAUUCUUCCCCCUGCCGGCUCCCAUCACCGUUAAACCAGCGACCGCCACCGUCGAUGCUGCGGCAAAGGGACCUCCAACAGCAACCACGUCACCAUCAUCUUCAAGCACGUUCAGGACAACCUCCAUGGCUUCUCCUGGCGUUACCAUAACUCCAUCCAGCAGGACCGCCACGCCGCCUCCUACUUCUCUCGGCGCCGCUAGCGAGAAUCACACCUUCUCCACAUCCACAUUCCAGCCCCAAACGUCAGCCAGAGAGCACGGAAGCCCAACAGCAGGCGGUGAGGACGCCAUUGCAGGGUUAGCAGCAGGGCGGCGCAGCCUCCUGGUGGCUCUGCUGAGCUGUGUGGCGGUGCUGCUGCUGGGCUGCUGUUGCUGUGUGCAGCUGCUUGUGAGCUGGAGGAGGGGGGGGAUGAGGGGCUACCGGGUACCACAGAGAAGCGGGUCCAUGCGUCUCAUCAAGUACAGGGUGGUCAGAGAGAGCUCCUGA